AUGGCUCGCCUGACCCUCUCCGCUCUGGCCAUCCUGGUCUCGACCUCUCUGGUCACCGCCCUGCCAGCUGCCCAGCCAUUCUCGGUCGAAAGCUGGGUGAAUGAUAUCAUUGCCAAUCCCAACGGCAACCAUCUAUCUCCCGAAGAAGCUGCCAAGCAAUACUCUCAGCCCACUGAUGGUUCUUUGGACAAGCGCGCGACUUGCCACGACACUGCCUAUGCACCAGCCAAUGUUCCCGAUGCUGUGGCGUGCAUCAAUCAGCUCGCUGGAAAGGGCGAGACGGCCUGUGUCAUUGCCGGCGCGAGCUCGCGCUUUUGUGAGAUCGGCGGAGCUGCAAUCGAUGGAUUCGUUCCCGCCGGCGCGGAGGGAACCCAGGCUCCCUGCAGCGAGAUUGCUCGCGCCGCGGGUAGGAUUAUGGAUACGUGCUUCCGUGCGGACAACACGGUCAAGGGAUGGGAGGCUGUGGGCAAGAUUGUUGUUCACCUUUACUCUAAAUAA